GACCAAUCGGCAGACGGCAUGGCACCAGAGGUCCACGUGCUGAGCGCCGCGGGCAAGCCGAUCUUCUCGACCGCCGCCCAGGACGAUGGCGCGCAUGCGUCCAUGUCGGGUCUCAUCCAAGGCAUCUCGAGUUUCUCCAAGGACGCACUGCGCGUCAUCAAGACCAAGACGACGACAUUGCACUUUCUGCCGUGCCACCCGCUGCUCUUCUUUUGCGCGCUGCCCGUCGACCAUGCAGGCCUCAAUGUGCCCCGCCUCCUCCUUCUGAUUCAGCACCAUGUCCUCUUCUUCCUGACCGAGAACGGCCUGCGUCUCGUCGAGACCAACCCGAACUAUGACCUGCGCAACCUCCUCCAUGGCACCGAGGGCCUCCUCGCCUCGUUGGCGCGCAUCUGGUCGUCCGCGACGUGGGCGCAGCUCGAUGGCAUCGGCCUCCGCGUGUGGCCGAUGGCGGACGAGGCGCGUAAGACUCUGCAGCGCACCAUGGACGCGCCGGGCCUGCUCUUUGGCCUCAUCCUGCGCGGCGAGUACGUGCUUGCGUAUCGGCAAGGUCAUAAAGAUCACCCGCUUCCGAUCAAUGACGUGCACGUCCUUGGCCACGUGGUCAACCACAUGACGUCCUUUCGGUCCACCGAGUCGUGGACACCCAUUUGCCUGCCAUCGUUCAACCGUAGUGGAUUCGUCUAUGCCUACAUUGUCUAUACCUCGGUGGACAUUUGCACGAUUUUGAUCAGCACCAACGAGUCGCAGGACCAGUUUCACACGUUCCAGACGCUGCACAACAACCAGAUCUCGCGCGCACUCAUGCACUUGCUGUCAUUCCAGCCACCAUUGGUCGCGGACGCACCGCCGUCCCUUGCGUCGUACCUCCCACCCGCGUACGAGCCGCUUCUCGUGCACUUUGUGUACCAGCACGCACGGUCCCACGAGGUCGUCUCGCCGUCGUUUCAAGACGCGCCGGCCUUCCAAGACCCAGCGUUCCAGCGACAAGUGCUCAUGCACUACCACACGCUGCACCAGCAUUUGCACAGCGCUGGUCACCGCGCCGAGACGCACCGGAUCGGCGUGCCCCGGGCCAAAGACGUCGCACCCGGCGCCACGACGUACUUUUUUCGAACCGACGCGCUCCUCGUAAUGGGCCGGGUCUUGGAGAAGCAAGCCGGGUUCAUCUACGUCUGCUGCGAAGGCCUCGUGUCGGCCGAGGACGCCGACCUUAUCUGCGACCGCCUCGUUGCCCGCAUUUACCAAACUGGUCUCUCUAGCCUUUGACCAUUCUAUGAAUCAAAAUCUUGAGUUGAUCUAUCGUG